AUGAAUCACUUAUGAUUGCGUCGAUUACUUAGCACAUACAGAGAACAACACCAACACAGAGAGCAACACCUUCAGAAGCUCUGGCAACAGAUAGCAAGGAAUUUGGAUGCUGCUACUGAUCCUACCACGCCAUGGAAAAUAACUUUCGAUCAACAGGAGUGCCCCCUGGCCUGGAGUACCUAACACAGAUCGAUCAAAUCUUGAUCCAUCAGAAAAUGGAACUGCUGGAGGCCAUCACUUCCUUUGAGACUAAAAACCGGUACGUAAUCAAGAACAGUUUGGGACAGGAAAUCUACACGGCCAAGGAGGAUAGUGACUGCUGCACCCGGAACUGCUGCGGUCCCAACCGCAUGUUUGAGAUGAAGAUCAAAGACCACAGUGGCCAGGAGGUCAUGCACCUGGUCAAGCCCUUCCGCUGUACCUCCUGCUUCUGGCCCUGCUGCCUGCAAGAGAUGGAGGUCCAAUCCCCUCCUAGCACCACCAUAGGUUAUGUGGUUCAGAACUGGCAUCCCUUCAAGCCAAAACUGUCCAUCCUAGGAGCUGCCAAAGAGACUCUCCUGACGAUUGAAGGUCCUUUCUGUGCCUGUAGCUGCUGUGGAGAUGUUGAUUUUGAGGUGAUGGGUAAGGACAGCGACCAGCCCAUUGGGAGAAUAAGUAAGCAGUGGAGUGGGCUGAUAAAGGAGGCCUUCACUGACUCAGACAACUUUGGGAUCCAGUUCCCCAUGGACCUGGAUGUCAAGAUGAAGGCUGUGCUGAUGGGGGCCUGCAUCCUUAUUGAUUUCAUGUUCUUUGAAAGCAGUGGUGACGGUGAUCAACGGUGUUCUGUAUUUGGAUAAGAGAGAGAGUUUUUGAUCAUGUACAAAUUACAUGAUACUAUAGUUGAUAAUGACAUGGCUAUUGGAUGCAUAUGAAUCACAUAACAUGACAUUUAAGACAAAACAAACAUGUGUUCUUUAUUAAUUCAAUAUAUUAAUCUGUAUUUUGGUUGUCUGAAUACAAUAUUCAAACAUUUGUAA